GCUGCUGUGUUGUUAGUUGUAAUCUACGUCAAAUGAUUCUGGGUGUACUUGUUCGAAAGAAAUAUGUUUCAUUAACAUACCUUUAGAAACUUAAUUUUUUGAACGUGUGCUUUUUAUCGUUUAGAGAUUGAAAGACACCUUCGUGUUCCGCAGAUUUAUAGUGAAAGUCAAUUUCGUGUGAUAAACUGCAAAAUAUCAAGAUGCCAGAAAACGAGUACGGCUCGAUAAAAACUGAGGAGGAGGCGCAGAUUCCACCUGAUAGAUCCCAAAGGCUAACGAAUGAAGAUUUUAGGAAACUUCUCAUGACACCAAGGUCGUCUGUUCCAUCGUCACUGCCUACUGCUCCAUCAAGGGAUGCUGUACCACCAACUCCAGAUGCUGAAGGUGAAGAUAGAGCGGAGAGACGGCGUAAAAAGAAAAGCUUUUAUGCAAAGCUCAAAAAGCAAGAAGAUGAUAAAAUGGCCGAACUGGCGAAAAAGUACAGAGACAGGGCUGGCGAAAGGCGUGAUGGUGCCAAUCCAGAUUAUCAGGCAGAAGACCCACUCUCAACAGCUAGUGGGUAUAGAGCUGUUGCUCCUGAUCUUAAAUCUGGAAUGGAUGCUGCAGAACGACGAAGGCAGAUGAUUCAGGAAUCCAAAUUCUUGGGAGGUGAUAUGGAACAUACCCAUCUUGUGAAAGGCUUGGAUUAUGCUCUUCUUCAAAAGGUUCGUUCUGAGAUCCAAGCGAAAGAACAAGAACAAGAGGAAGAAAUGGAGAAGCUUGUAAAAACAAAAAAAGAACGCAAAGACGAGGAAGAAGAGAUGCAGUUCAAGACGAGGCUUGGGCGGAAUAUAUACAGAGCUGUUUUUAAGAUGAGACCAGCUGAACGCAAUGAGCUAUUUGUACCUGGGCGCAUGGCGUAUGUUGUAGACUUGGAAGACGAAUUAGCUGAAAGUGAUAUCCCAACUACUUUGAUACGUAGUCGACAGGACGUUCCUGCUCUUGAAUCAACUGCCACACUUACCACAAAUGACAUUGUCAUCAAUAAGUUGGCUCAAAUAUUGUCAUAUCUGCGUGCUGGUGGUCGACAUGGAAGGAAAGGAAAGAAGAAAGGCGCUGCAGCUGCUGGAAAGAAACUAGCACAGCCACAGGAUGACAGUAUAUAUGGAGAAAUUGGAGACUAUAUUCCAACUGGGCGUCGCCAAGAUGGAAGGACAGUCCGAUCUGGUCCAUACUUUGAGAAGCCCGGCGAAGGAGAUGGUGAUGAUGUGCUAGAUGAUCGCCCAACAGUUGAAGAACACCGAGAGCCUGAACCACCUCCACCACAAGCAGCUACAGCUCCUGCCCCUCAAGCAAGACGACAAGAACCUAGUCGUGCCCAGCAAUUGCUUACUCGUUUGGCAGCUGAGCCGGAGGGCUAUGCAGAAUGCUACCCCGGACUUGAAGAGAUGCAGGAUGCUAUUGAUGAUUCAGAUGAUGAAGUUGAUUAUACUAAAAUGGAUCUCGGCAAUAAAAAGGGUCCAAUUGGACGAUGGGAUUUUGAUACACAAGAAGAAUAUUCUGAUUAUAUGAACAGCAAAGAGGCAUUGCCCAAGGCAGCCUUCCAGUAUGGAGUGAAGAUGGCAGAUGGGCGGCGGACACGAAAAUACCACAAAGAGAAAAAUGAGAAAGCAGAAUUGGAUCGUGAAUGGCAGAAGAUCCAAAACAUUAUACAGAAAAGAAGAAUACCAGGACCAGUGGGUCCAGAGCCAGACUUUAAAAAGCCAAAAUAUUAAUUUUUUCUGCCUUUUGUAUUUGCUUAUGACUAACAGUCAUUCAAUAAACUGUAUCUCUUACAGUACCUUUGUGCAUAAAAAUUGUUUAUUGCUGUUAUUUUCCUUACUAGUUGAUCGUCUCUCUUUCAUUUAACUCUGUGUGUGUGUGUGUGUGUGUGUGUGUGUGUGUGUGUGUGAGAGAGAGAGAGAGAGAGAGAGAGAGAGAGAGAGAGAGAGAAUGCAUUUGUAGCCUCUUAACAAACUUUUUCUUUUAAGAUACCUAGUGUUGUUUACAAUGUAUUGUUCCUUUGUAAAAGGAACUUACAGAACACAAUAUAAUUUUGCUAGAAAUGAAUACAUAAUUUCGCAAAUUGGGUAUUUUUUUAUAUAAAACUAGACUUUUUAUCUCUAAAUAAUAUAUGUAUUGUUCAGGGUCUUUUUUUUAUUUUUAGUGUCUUAAGUAAUGUCACUUACAGUCAUCUCAGGGUACAGCCCAAAUCUCUAAUAUACCCCUGCAAAUUGAUCCUGAAGUAAAUAACUGUCUUCUCAUUUAUGCAUAUAUAACAAGAAAGUUCUUAAGAGGAAUAUAACUAGAUGCUAAAUAAACAAACAAAUAUUCAUAAGAAGAAUAUAAUAAUUUAUUAAAUGUUUCCUUGAUGAUUAAGUGUUAGGGGCAUGUAAUUAAAGUUUGCAAUUUGUGCAAAUACACAUUGAAACUGACCAGAAAAUUUAAUUUUACAGAGCUUUUCUUAAAGUUUUUCCAAUAAAUUAGUAAAAUUCAUUUCCUGAGUGCUUUGUUUAUUUUACUUCUAGUUAGUUUGUAUAUUUUACUCCUAGUGUAAUUCUAAGAUGUAAAGUGCAUAAUACAUAAUAAAUUAUG